AGAGGGGACAACAAAAGAAACAAAAAAAUAUCUUCAAUCGUCGGAUCCCGCGAUUAGGGUUUUAAGAUUUGAUUUCGGUUUGUUAACUAAGAGAUUGAUAACACCAACAUUAGGUAAUAGCUGGAGAUGAAGAAGGCCAGUGAGAAGAGAGUUCAUGAAUUGGAACUGAAGAACAAAGCUUUACAGACGGAGGUGGAGGAGCUGAGGAACAGUCUCGGAAAUGUUUCUGUGGCCUCCGAUGAUGGCGUUCGAAAGAUAAAGGAAAAUUAUCUUCAGAAGUUGAACGACCUUGAAGAACAGGUUGGAGAGUUGAAGAAAAAACUCGAAGCUCAAUCUCAGUUACUAAUACAGAAACAAAAACAUGCUGAGGCCGCGAAGCAGUUACAUUAUGAGAUUCAGAGAAUAAAGGCUCAAAAAGUUCAACUACAAUGGAGUAUGAAGAAACAGUCUGUGCAGUUCAGAUUAUGUAAGGCAGCAUUGGAAAAAGAAAUCCUCCAGCUCAAGACAGAGGGGAGGAGGAAUGAGUACAAGAUGCACAAGCUACUAGCUUUGAACCAGGGACAAAAGAUGGUUUUGCAACGAAAGACACAAGAAGCUUCUAUGGCUACAAAGUGGCUUAAAGAGCUGUUAGAAUCUCGAAAGUCUUGGUUACAUGAAAAAUCAAGUGCUAGAGAUGCCAAUGGUAGAAUUCAGGCAAUGGAGCAUGAGCAUGAUCUUUCAGUACGGUUGCAAGAAUUAUAUUCUGAAUAUGAGCAUCAACUAGAAGUGAGGGCUGGGAUAGCCGUGGAGAUUGUAAAUCUCAAGGAAGAGGCAGAGAUGCUAAAGCACAAAAAUUUAAGGUGCCUGUUAGAGGAAGAAGAAGAUGACUGCAGAGAGAAGGAUUCAGAAAUAAGAGAUUUGAAUAAAAUGGUAGUUGAACUCAGUGGUUUGGUUAGACAAUUGGAAAUGGAAAAAGCAGAAUUUAUUCAUAGGGAGAAGUCUCAGGGGUCCCAGAGCGCCACAAGCCUUAGCUGUACUGUCAGUGAUAAUGAUUUUCAGGACAUGGAUGUAUCUGAACCAGAGUAUUCUAACAUGAAAGCAGCUGAGAGUAACUGGAUAGAUUCAGGAAAGCAGGCAACUGAAAAAAGCAAUUCGGACUCUGGAGCCCAUUCUUCAGGCGCUGGAUCUAAUCUGUUGAGUACCAAUGAUUCUGAAUGUUUGAAAACAGGAACUCCAGUUGAGGAACAUGCUGAUGUAACAGGGAAAACUGGAUCCAAAGGGUGUUGUUCAUGUAGUAAAAAGUCUUUGUGCAAGACACUGAAAUGCAAAUGCCGAGCUACUAAUGGCAGUUGUGGAACAUCAUGUGGCUGUGCACCCACUAAGUGCACCAAUAGGGACACAGAUUUGUUCGGCACUGGAGCUUCUCAUAGUGCGCUGCUACUUCAUACUGCAUUAGUUGACAAGCCUGCUGAGAAGAAUAGCAAUUGUGCACCAAGAGGGAAGGCCUUAUCUGAUAUAGGAAACACACUGAUCAAAGCAGAGGAGCAAAAACCUAAUCAGCUUCUUCCAUUAGCUCCACCUUCCUUGCAUCAAGAAAACACCAGAGCCCUGAAGAAACCAGAGAACAGUGCAACUGAUACAGAUAUUGAUUCCAUGUCCCCCAUAUAUGCAGAGAGCAAUGCUAUUAAGCCUGAUAAAUUUGUUAAUAAGAAAGCCGGCCGUCCAGCUACAAGGAGAUCCAAGAAGGUUGCUGAAUGAGAAUGAUUUGUGGCCUAUUCACUUGAAAUUUAAUUCCUUGGUGCAAUCACUUCUGAUUUUGGGCUUGCAAAUGCUGAUCCUAAGAAAAUUCUUUUGUAAUUCUGGAUUCUAUUCUAAUUCGCUUUACACAUUAAAACUGUUGAUCCUUAUUCUCUGCUGAUGUCAGAAAAUCGCUAGCACCAAAUUGUAGCUUCCUGGGACAUUGCAUACUGGAUUAUACUUUAGGUCCUGUUAACUGCAAGGACCGAGCGUAGAUUGGAAUUAAUGUGCACCACCUUUUUGUUAUCUCGAGUUAA